GGAUUGGUUUGCUACCUCAGCCCCUCUGCAGUGAGCGGCCUUGUCAGAAAGGAUGCUUUAAGUCUGGCUCGGAGGAUCACUAAAAACUGUGUCCCAAGUCCGAUGCACAGAGGCAGCAGCGAGGAGAGGCCUGCACCUUCUCUGACAACCGAGGAGCGGCAGGUUGCAACCUUGUUGGUGAACAAAUUUGAACGAUUCCCUCCCGAAACCCUGAAUGCCUUGGGUCAGGCUGCAGUCGGGCUCUCCAUGUCGCAGAUUGAGAAUGGCACCAGCAACAGAGACCUCAAAGCGUCUCUUCCUUCCCUGAGUGAAGUUUAUGGCUGGAAUGCUGAACAGUCCAGUGCUAUCGUUAACAAAUUAUUCAACUCUGGCUAUCAGAUCUUGGAUGCACAAAACCUGGCAGCACUAGGGAGUUUGGUGGCCGGCUUAAGCAGCAGCAGACUUCAAAGUCUGCCUCCAAAAGUGAUCUUGGAAGCUGUUAAGAUCCCUGGGUUUGCGAAGCAGAUAGUGACCAUGCCCUCUGCUCUGAAAGUGGCACUUGUGGAAAAGAUUGCUUCAGCUGCAGGGAGCCCCAUCAACCUGGUUAAAUAUGUCCCAAACAGUCUGGCGAGCUACAUCCCCAAAUCACUGCUGGCUUUUGGUAACAAAAAGCCCAGCGUUCAAGAGCUCAACCAGAAACUGUGGAGCCGGGAACAAGCCGCCAUGUUUUUCGAUGCUGUAAUAAAGACAGAGUCCAACUUCAGCAGACUUUCCCCUUCUGUCCUCCAAGGCUUCAUCUGUGCGGCAGCCAAUGAGAUGGAAACAGAGAGAUUUCAGCAGCUUGCCAAAGCCAUGAAGCAGAAGAAUGUCAAGCUAGGAGAAGACCAGCUGAGUUGUUUGGCUAAGAGGGUGACGCUCAACGGCAUUCCCAAGGAUUUAGACAACUAUCCGAAAGACAUGCUGCUGUUUUUAAGCCCUUCAGAUUAUGCAGGGACAGGAAGCUGUCAACAGUACUUCAGUAACAUUGGGGAAUCAAACAUUGACCUGCUGCAGAGAGAUUCCCCACAGCGGAAACAGCUGCUAUUGGAAGCUUUAGCUUGUUUGAAAAUUCCUGGCACCCUGGUGAGCGAAGAAAACGCAGAGAUUCUGGGCCACUUGGUUUGUGACCUUGGUGAAGAAUACAUCAGAAGUUCCAAUGGGAGUUUGCUGCCACAGUUAAAUCAAUGUGAAUCCUUCGUGCCCAGUCAAGAAGAGGCUAUUAGAAAUGUCCUCAGCAGCGGAAGCACUCAGUUCGGGCCCCCUUCAAACUGGUCAGCUUCCAUCCUGAAUGAGCUCAGUGGACUGUUCCAUCUAUUUGAUCGUAAUAUCUUGCAAAAGAUUCCUCAGAACGUUUUAACCCCUUGGCUGAAAAGUUUUAUGCAUGAUUCACCUUUGCCGAGGGAGCAGCUGGCCUCCAUUGUUAAAAACCUCCUGCCUUCCAGGUGGAAACGCGCUGCUGAGUGCCCGGCGGAUAAGACGAUAACAGAGGAGGUGGUAAUGGAUGAGCUCAUGCCUAUUUACUAUACCCCUGAGGAAUUACAGGCCUGUUUGCAGGGUGUCACCCUGGUGGCGCAUCUGGCCCAAAUGGCGCAGUACCCCUUCACUGAUCAGCAAAUGGCUGUGCUGAAGAAGAAGCUGGAUGAGAUGUAUCUCAACGGAUACCCUGAGAAGAUAAUUCCCAACCUAGGGGCCAUCUCUUCCUUUGUCACCAUCGACGACAUUAAAAAAUGGAAUAUAACCUCAGCAAAUACGCUUGCCUUCCUGCUAAGCAAUGAGCCUCCUGAUGAGCAGGCUGCUGUAAUUAUCACAAAAUACACUGACUUGGGAAACCCACUGAACGUCACUGCUCUGAAUGCAAUUGGUACAAGAUAUAUAUGCCUUCUGUCAGAGCCCCAGUUGAAAAUGAUAGAGCCCAGCAACCUCAAAAUGGCCAAGUCACUGGACCCUUCCGCCUGCCCUCAGUCUACAAAAGACAUCCUGUACCCCAAAGCUAAACAAGCUUUCUCCGACCAACGCAACCAGUUCCCGGCUUAUUACAACCUCAUCAAGCCAUAUCUAAGUACGCAGAAGGACUCCCUGAUCAACAUAAAGCAGUCCUGACAGUCAAGAUGGGCUGAGCCUUCCGGUUGAGUCCAGAUCAGAACUUCCGCAGAGUUUGAGAGUGUUUGGAUCUGGGACGUGAAGGUUCGGGAGGGCUGGAUCGGAGGUGUUGGUUUCAGGCCCUUUUAUAUUUUACAGCUGUGCAAAACU